UAUGAUUGAAGUAUCUCAUAAGAGUUUGCAAUUCCAAUAUGGUUUAUUAAAUCGAUUAAGGUUUAAGAUUAGAAAUGUAAGUAAUGUCCCAAUUACAUUCAGAAUUAGGUGCAACAACAACACAAAUUAUAAAUUAGACCAUUAUAUGGGUCUUAUUCAUAGUCUUUAAGAUUUUGAGAAUUGUAUUUAAAACGUUGAAGCAGCAGUAAUUGCAAUUUAUAUUAAAUAAGGAUAUUAAAUUGUUUGGUGAUUAAUUGGAAAUCUAAUAUGCAGAGAUGACAGAUCCCUUAUAAGACUUGAAAGAUUUUUGGAAACCUAGAAAAAGCUUGGAUUAUGUCAUAAUAACUAUUGAAGUCUUAGAUGUUUAAUAAUAAUAGAAGAAUGCUAUCUUAAUAGAAUUACAAGUUAAAUAAUAAACAUUACUAAAAGAACUAUAAUCUAUUAAAUAAUAAUAUCAUUAGGUUUAGAAAUCUGCUGUCGAUAUCAAUUACUUUAAUUUAUUCUAAGAAGGAUUUACUGUUGGAUAAUUGAUGAUUAUUAUUGUGAUAGCAUUGUUUCUUGGUGGUAUUUGUAGAUGA